AUGUGUAUCUCAUCAUACAUGUUAAUUCUCUCUCUCUCUCUCUUUUCUCAAGGUUUUCUACUCUCAGUUUCAAAAUCUCUGCAAAAGGUAGAAGAUGAAGAUAUGUUUCUAACCACAUUAAAUCUAGGAAAAAUUCUUCAAAAUGGAGAUAGAAUUGCGAACAGAGGACCCAUGCCUUUCCUGAAGCAUUAUAUGACUGAAGAAAGCAAUGUUUUGGAUGAAGAGGAUGAGAGAAACAAGAAGGUUUGGGACACAGGUUCCAGACAUGAUUUCUUAAAUCAUGUUAUACCAGUCAACUUCGGUAGAAAGCAACUACCUUAUCUUGCACUGAAGGGAGCCAUGGCUUUUCCAGCUGACACUGAAAUACCAAAUAUUGAAUCAAUACAGGAAAGAGAGACUACAGAUGAAGAAAAUACAGCUAAAUUCCCUAUAGGAAGGAGAGAUUUUGACAUGCUCAGGUGUAUGCUGGGAAGAGUCUAUCGACCUUGUUGGCAAGUCUGA